AUGGCCGAUCUCUGGAUUGCUCAAGUUCCCAACAUAGUUGGUCCGGCUCAUGACUUUCCCUUCGACCCCAAUAUCCGAAUAUACCCCAACUGGGGAUUCUUCGUCUACUACGCACCUUUCUCAAGCAAAUCCCCCGCCUUCUCAGACGAGAUCAUCGAUCAACUGAAGACGUUCAUCCACUGCGAAGUCAACGACACCGACGAGGCCGAUCGCGGCUUGCCCCAGCAAAUCCGCGAGAGUCUGGAAUUGGACGUGAAAGCAGCGGGGUGGGACGAAGAAAAGGUGUUCGUCAAGGCCAUCGAUCUACUCUACAACCCGCGUGACGGGACGCCCGAGUUCCCGUACUACCAGGGAUGGUUCAAGGUCGGCGUGCAUUAUAUCCAUGACUUUUAUCACCAAGUGUGUUGGGACACGGACGACUAUCCGUCCAAUAUGGAGCGCAUAUGUCCCAUUCAGGAUGGUCCGGGGCGCAAUCGCACCUAUCGUGGUGGGCGGUGA